AUGCAAGACCUUACUGCAACAGACACAAGAUCCCAAAGAUCAACUUACUCUAAAUUUCUUGGAAGCACCAAUGACUCUACUAGUUCUGACGCUUUGCAUUUUGAAAUAAAAAAACGUGAAGAGCUUCUAUCAAGACUUCUCACAGAAAGUGAAAUGCUAGAAAGAGAUUCUAUUGUACCGGACCAACAUAAACAAAUUAAAGACCUAGAAAAAAAGAUAGAGGAGCUGGAAAAUAAAAUGUAAAAUCUAUAUCAUAUAUAAUUAAUAUAAUAGAAAUGGAAAGAGUUUAUAUUGAGCAUAGAGAUAAUAUUAAUAGGAAUAAUUAGAGAAUUGGAAAUCAAUGAUGAAAAAAUUUUGAAAAAUGCUUUACAUAGAUCAGCAAUGACCGCAUCAAUAUGAAAAAUGAGGGCCAACGAUCUGUAUAAUAAAGAAAAAAAGAUUGCUCUGAAAAUGAGUGGGGCUGAGCUUAUCGUGGAUGAUAUUUCUAGCACUUGUAACCAAGAAAAAGCCAAAGUAAAAUAUUUAAAUGACCAUUUAGAGCUAACAAGAACUACAAGGACAGCUCAAAUGGAAGCAAGAAUUAAUGACGCAAAAUCCCUUAAAUCUGAGUUAGAGCCUGACUUAAAAAAGACUGAAAAAUCAUCAAAAAAUCUUGAUCUUUUUGUCCAUAAAGAAAGAAUGAAAUCUGUAUACGCAAAAUUAUCCAAACUCGACAAAGAAACAGUCUCAAGAAAAGAAGAAAACGAAAAAAAGGUAGAAAUCAUCAAUAAAAUGUACAAAAUCACUGAAACAAAUAGCUUGGAAAAAGCUUUACAAGAAUAUGAAAAAGUUAUUGGAAUGAACGCAAGUCUCAGUCAGCAGGCUGACUCUAUUUUAAAUGACAUAAAAUCUUCUGAAUUAAAGAAAAAAGAAAUUUUCAUAGAAAAAUCACAGCUUUUAAAAACAGAAAAUACAGAUCCUAGACAAGAUUUAGAAAAAAAAAUGGAGCUGCUUAAUGAAGAUGCUUAUAUUGAAUACCACCAAGCUAUAACUGACUCAAAGUUUAUUGAAAAAAAUUUCCAAUCCCUAUAUGCCCUUUUAGUGCAUUUAUAUGAAGGUGUUUUAUUAGUCGCAAAAAAAAUUAAUAAUACAAGCAUAAAUAAAAUCUCAGACCAAUCUAUAAUAGAAACUCCUUCUCCAAAUACCCAAAGGGAGUAUGAAACAGAGCUGAAAAAACUUUUGGAAUAUUUAUCUAUACAGAUUUCAGCUGCUGAAACUUAUGUGUUAAGCUCAGUUAAUAAAUCGAAGAUGGCCCGAUCGUUUAACCCUAAAGUAAAAAUUGAGAAUGGCCAUCCGUAUGUAAAUAUUGAAAUCUCUGUGCCUAGAAGAGAAUAUACAGAAACUCCUCAAUCACUUACAAGUACUUUUAUACCUUUUAUGGAAAAUUAUAUUUUUUAUAAUUUUUUUAAAAAAAUUAAAAAAUAUUUAUAAACAAAAGGAUAAAAAUUCCUCGCAUUUUUUAAGACAAGAUUUAAUGAACCGACAAAGCUCAGUCGUUGAUAUGAUCCUUGGGGCUGAAGAUAUAGAGAGAAAUGCUAUAAAGCUCGUUAAAAACAGGCUAAAACUAUCAGAAAAAGCUGAGAUUUUUGAUACAAAUAAUGAUACAAAGCGUUCUGAUUAUGAUGAAGAUACUUAUCAAGACAAAGAAGAUGAAAAUUUAUUGAGCCCAGUCUCAGAAAAUUUUACAAGAGAAUUUGAUGAAAUUACAGGGAUAAAUAAUAUUAAUAAAAAACUGCAGACUAUUACAGCAAAAGCUCACCAAUUUCGAAAAGUGCUGUCUACAGAAAAAGAAAGCUUAAGAACUUUAAGCUUAGAAUUAGCCAAAAAAAGGUAUUUCAUGUUUAAUAGAUUUAUAUUAUAUUUAUUAAUGAUAUUUAUUAUUAACAGCAAGGCAUAAUUAGUUUAUGGUCUCUUUUAAUUGGUAUAAUAAUUAUUCAGAAUAAAAUUAGCCCGAGAGCGGCAUAAACUUCAAUCAUUUGUGCUGACUCCUAAAGUCAAGCACAUAAAAAACCUCGAGCUCCCCCCUUUACAAAAAGAAAAGCGGCUCACCUCUACCCCUUCCGCCAAAACAGUCCCAAGUACUCCCAGUAAGCGAAGCCCUACCAGCAGUGCAAAAUCCAUCAUAAUGCAAGACUACAUCGGCCGCAUAAAAGCGAUCUAUGAAUUAUAA